CAACUGUCCACUCUGCCCUCUCCUGCCUUCCCUUUGUUAAAAGACAUCGGCCGUUUUUUUUAGACAGAAACUGAAGGACUGCAGCAGCCAUGUUGUUGGCAGAAGCUGGAUGUGUGUUUAUGGGUUUGAUCCUGUACCUCUCAGGAGUUCAUGGACGAGCAAACAUCAUCUGUGCUUUAAAAGGUUCAUCGGUGGAUCUGCCCUGCUCAGCUCAACAUCCCACUACAACCAUGAAGUGGUACACUGUACACAGGAAUGGAUCUACAUUUGAUCAGACGGAGGUCUCUGCAGAUGAAAAUCGUGUGACGUACAACAUGUCUGCAGAGAGUAACUUCACUCUAACAAUCAAAGAUCUGAGAGAGAGCGAUGCAAAUGAUUACUGCUGCAGAGAGACUACUGACGACACAGAACUCUGCUGGAACAACAAAACUGAGCUCCAGGUUUCAGACCUGCAGGUAAAGGUGCUUCCUGCCACAGAGGGACAGACAGUGACACUGAUGUGUAGCACCAGCUGUCCUCUGACUGAAAACCCUGCAGUCUACAUCUGGUACAAGAACAGAAAGUUCCUCUAUCAGGACUGGUCUCCCUGGUACCAACAGCUGGUCAGCAGUGAGGAAGCAGUCACAUACUCCUGUGCUAUCAAAGGCUACGAGGAUCUCAGAGCCCCUCAAGUCUCAGUGGAUUCUGUCACGUCGACCUGCUUCAGUGUGACCUAUGCUAAAGGGAGAAUGUGUUCUUAUCAGAUGACAUCAGAGGAAGAGACCUGCUCCAUCACAUAUCCCAGAGAAUUACAUUUUCAAAUGACUAAAUUCAACGACUACGUCAUACUGACCUGUACCACCAGCUGCCCGAUGGCUGACCGUCAAACUGCCUAUAGGUGGUACUGGAACAAACAGUUAUACGACCACUGUGAGAGUCAAGACAUGACAGUUUACCACCCUUUUUUUGAAACCAUCUCCUGUGCUGUGAAAGGCCACGAGGAUCUGCGCUCUGAUGAAAACUGUCUUGAUAAUAGGAACUGCAAGAGUGUGAAUUAUGUCAGAAGGAGGAUUUGUGCUCUGGAAGGUUCUUCAGUGAACAUUUCAAGUGAAUACUCACGCCACAGCGGGUCUAUCGUAAAUCAUUUCUGGAAUAAAGGAAGGCAAGUUGUUGAGCAGGAUGCUGAAAAUUCGACCGCAUCACCUCGCGUGGAGUUCCAUGACAACAUGAAAAACUACACCAUCCUGAGAAUCAAUAACCUGAAGAAGAAUGACUCAGCAGAAUACAGAUUCACACUCCAGAGUGAUGACAAGGAAUGGAAACCGUCUGCUUGGCCCGGAGUUACUUUAGUUGUCACUGGCCUGAAAGUGACAAUGACUCCCUCUGCAGUGGUGACGGAGGGCCAGAGAGUCACCCUGAGCUGCAGUACCAGCUGUCCUCUGACUGACAACACAACCUACAUUUGGUACUUGAACAGUCGACCUUUGACCCCGACAGAGAAGCAAAACAAACACCUGGUUCUGGACCCAGUCAGCCGACAGCACGCAGGGAAUUACUCCUGUGCCGUCGAAACCCCCCACAACAUCAGCUCAUCUGAAGAGAAUCUCACCGUCGAACCUCAUAUAGCAGUAGGGAUACUGAAUGCAGUAAAACUGACUCUUAUAUUAUUGGUCCCACCUGGUGUAUUUCUCCUCCACUUGAGGAUGAGGAAGAAGAGAACUCUGACCUCCACUGCAGAGUAAAGUGACUAAGUGCAAACUGGACAAAUGGACGAGCUGUAUGAGCCCAUGCAUCCUGCAGAACGGACAGAUCCGGCAGAGCAGCAGGAAGACACUGUGCGAUAUCAUCUUAGAUUUUAGAUAUCCAUGCUGAGCGCUUUGCAGGAGUGCUGAUAAAAUGUGUGUCUUGAUCAUUUAGAUUAUUGUUGGUCCAACAUGAUUUGAGCACUGCAAAGGCACCUGUAAACUCACAGUAUGUGGUACAGCCAAACCUGGAGGUUACAAAACAUACAAACAUGUAUCCGUAUCCUUGAAAAGAUCUACUCCCUGCCUCAACAACUACUGGGGGGUGGGAUGCAAGGCUCUUAUCUUCAGCUGAUCUUCACACGUUUGUUCAUGAAGGCCGGCUGCGUGUUUAUAGUGCUGUUGUUAAUUUCCUGCAAAACCAGUUAUGAAUUGAAGCAUACAGCUGCCACCAUCGUACAACAAAUCUACCUAGAUACCUAAAUAAAGGUUACAAAAAUAAAUAAAUAAAAAUACCCUGUUUUGCAUUAUAGCAGUUUUCAUAUUAUGAUUAAAUAUUUCUCUUCUUACAUUUUAUGAGUUUUAAUGGCACAUAUAUCUCGUUAUUGCUUAUUCUUGGUUUUUGUCUGAUAAAAAUGUCUGAUAUAAUUACAGUUUAUUGAAAAUCGUAUUUUUUAUACAGGCUAUUGGGGGAUAACUUUCUAACCUCCCUUUCCUUCACAUUUCCA